UUCACUUUCACAAAUCAAACUAACAGGGCGUAGAGACUAGAGAGGUUUAUCGCAUUUUCUUCCUGUAGUUUUUUAGAAAUACCUUUGUAACGCUUUAAUGGCGGCGACCAGGCUUUCUAACGUGGAAAUUCUGGAGCAGCUAAGGCAAGGAGUAGCUGAGUUUGAGCUCGUUUCUUCGCCAUUUUCUUCCACUCCAACUUCAAAUCUCAGGACUCUUCAACAUAAAGCGCUACCCUUUGGGUUCCCCACUGAGGCACGCACCUCCACCCAUAAUUUCUUUGCCAGAAUCGGACCCUCACUAGGUGGAGGCUCACAAGCUUUAAAGAAAGUUGAACGCUAUUCAAUACAGAGAGUCACAGGUGAUGGACGUUGUUUGUUUCGUGCCCUGGUAAAAGGAAUGGCUUUCAACAAGGGUAAAACACUAAGCCCACGUGAAGAAAGGGAGGGUGCAGAUGAACUAAGGCUGGCUGUGAAAGAGGUUAUUUGUGACAACAAUAAAGAACGUGAGAAAUAUGAAGAGGCCUUGGUUGCAAUUACUGUUGACGAGUCUUUGAAGCGUUACUGCCAACGGAUUGGGCGAUCUGAUUUCUGGGGCGGAGAGUCGGAGUUACUGGUAUUAUCGAGGUUAUUAUGCCAGCCUGUUGUUGUAUACAUACCAGAACAUGAGCAUAGUGGAAGGGGCUCUGCUUUUAUUCCGAUUGCAGAAUAUGGAAGUGAAUUUUGUAAGGGUACAAGGAGCAGCAAGCCGCCACAAGCCGUGAAGCUUCUUUACAGUGGUAGGAACCAUUAUGACCUACUUGUGUAGAACUAACUCAUCAGGUUAGAACAGAGUUUCAAGCAACACUCUAGUUUUGUACUUAAAAUGUGUUGUUGAAAGCCUGAAACUGGCUCUAUAACAUUCUGUAUUCAUUUGUGUAAUAUAAUGAACCUCCUCAAUUCGCUGGGAAA